GCGGUCCGCCGAACCUAAACUUGUGGAAACGGUGACCCAUCACCAAAGGACGUGCUCAGUAUCGUCCGGCUCCCCCUCUCGAUUGAUCGUCAUGUACAUGACGACCCCUCGAGAGCCUGAGGCGAGGAAAUUCACGAUCGGUCUCCCGUCUCGUGAUUUCCUCCCGUCUGAGAGGAUGGUGGCACCAAUCACCCAGAAUGGCUGCCUCGCCUCCUCCAACUCCUCAGCCAACUCCGCACGGACACGGCAGCAGGACACGGCAGCAACCGGUCACCGCAGCAGCAGGUCACGUCAGUGCAUGGUGCUCACCCGCUCAACGCCAAGCGGCAUGGAUCAGCAACCAGGCGAGACUACCGAGGCCUAUGAGGCCCGCAUGCUGGACAUGGUAGCAGAGUUCAAGCAACGGGCAGCUGCGGCAACAUCCGCACGUCAGAAGGAAGAUGAGGAAGCAGAGGAACAACGUCGCCUCGCUGAACAGCAGCGACAGGCAGACGCUGAGGCAGCAAGGAAGUCCGCAGACGAACGCCACCCAAUCCCAUGGUGGCGCCAGUUCGAGCUGAAGCUGGACAUUCACCACGUCAUCAACCCGAACCGGCACGCAUACUUAUACUCCCGCUCGGGAGGCGAGUGCCAGGCAUGGCUGCACAACAUGUUGUCCACGCACAACGUCGCAGUCUCCAAGCUGCAUACGAAGAUCAGCUGGGCUGAUCUCAAGGCAGCAUGGCAUAAGCGGUUCCAAGUAGAGCCGCCCGAGCUUCAGGCAGCCGAGAAACUUCAACGGUUCUAUCAGAACGACCUGCCAAGCACGGACUGGAUAACCGAGUACCAACGCUUGGCGUCCACGCCCAAUUUGCCAUCAACCUUUGUCGCCAUCAAACACUUCUUCAUUGGGAGGAGUUGUCUGGCGUUGCAGAACGCCUUGACGCAAGUUGCGGAGACGCUCACCACAAGUGAGCAGCUUUUUGAUAAAGCCUCGCAGAUCAUCGUGACGAACAUCGAAGCCAAGAAUUUGGGCCAUUCGUCUGCUGCAGGCCAGGGCAGAGGACAGCAUCGACCGAAAGUGGCCGUGGUCGCAGCAACUACAGCGACCGACCCUUCAAACGAGGCUGCCUCUUCUGAGGAAGGAGACAGAUUGGCAGCUGCCCGGGAUGGUUGCUUGCCGGGACUGCAAUGCGCAACACUAUGCGCCCAUCUCCACACAUACUUAGCCUUCAAUGCACCACCAUCUUCACCGACGGAUGACGAAGCUGCGGUGGGGGACAUCCUUGCGUAUGUUACCAAGGUGGCCCACGAGUUUCACAUGCAGCGGUACGAUGAUAACAACGCGCCGCUCCUUUAUGUUUGCAUCCAAGUUGGGCAAGCGUCCUGCAACGCUUUGCUGGAUAGCGGCGCGACUCGCAGUUUCAUCAGCCAGUCCUUUAUCCAAAGGGCCGGCCUUGGCGCACAAGUUCGGAGGAAGCCAAACCCGACGGCGAUCAAGUUGGCGGACGGUCGGAUGCAACAACUCCUCGAUCGCUACAGUGAAGCUGUGCCGGUUUAUUUCUCACCUCAUGCAUGCGAACCAGUGACGUUUGACGUCUUAGACACAGACUUCGACAUUAUUUUGGGGAUGCCUUGGCUUGCAAGUGUCGAUCACACGGUUAACUUCCAUCAGCGGACACUUACCGUUCGCGACGCCUUCGGCGCCGAGGUGCCGUGUACCAUUCCUCUUCCCCACUCCUCGAUCCGGUGCCAAGUUGAAAUGGCCAAGUCUUUUCGGGCCGCUUGCGCUUACGAGCGGACCGACGAGAUAGGCCUAUGUUUUCUACGAGCCACCGCGACGACCGAAUCUUCACCUACGGACUUGUCUUUGGACCCCCGAGUGGUGUGGUUGCUCGACGAGUUCACCGACAUCUUCGAGUCUCCUACCGGUGUGGUGUCGGAUCGACCGAUCUCCCACGAGAUCAUUCUUGAGGCCGGUGCCGUGCCGCCGAAAGGAUGCAUCUAUCGCAUGAGCGAGGAAGAGCUCGCGGUUCUCCGUGCUCAACUCGACGAUCUUUUGGACAAGGGUUGGAUCCGCCCUAGUAGCUCACCAUACGGUGCACCAAUUCUCUUUGUAUGGAAGAAGAACAAGGAUCUUCACUUGUGCAUCGACUACCGCAAGCUCAACGCACAAACCGUCAAGAAUGCGGGACCUCUUCCGCGGAUUGACGACCUUCUCGAGCGUUUGGGCGAUGCAAAAUUCUUCUCAAAGUUGGACUUGAAGUCGGGCUACCAUCAAAUCUCGAUACGCCCGCAAGAUUGCUACCAAUCCACGUUCAAAACGCGGUACGGGCAUUUUGAGUGGAUCGUUAUGUCUUUUGGCCUCACCAAUGCCCCGACGACCUUUCAAGCGGCAAUGACCAAUGAGUUUCGUGCGAUGCUGGACCGCUCAGCCAUUGCGGAGGUCUCAGUGGCUGACAGUAGUCAUCAAUUGCAAUCAUCCACUCCAUCUGACCUGGCACCUGGUCAGCGCCGACGUCUAGAGUUGCUCACAGUCAGUGGGAAACCAGCGGUAGAAUCAGGAAAUUCAUGGAGUAGGAUUCGUCGCAUCAGCCAAAGUGGACAGGACCCUGACAAAUAUCGCAUAGGCACUGAUAAAGUCAGGCUCUUCGUAUCAUGUGAGGACACAGGGCAUGGCAUAUCCGCGAAUGCUCAGGGAAGGAUCUUUCAAGAGUUCACACAGGCCGAUGCUAGUACACAGCGUACCCAUGGAGGCACAGGGAUUGGUUUGACCAUAUCGAAGCAGCUCUCGGAGCGCAUGGGGGGUGACAUGGACUUUUUCAGUGAGCUGGGAAUUGGAACAACAUUCUUUUUUAAUGCAUUGAUGACCGUCGACACCUCAGGCCCGGAACCUUCCGCUAUGGAUAUCGUUCAUCGUGUGGCAACUGCGUUGGAGACAAGAGGAAGAGGAAGGACCAGCUAUGUUGGUAGCAGCAACCUUGGUAAGGGGACACAGAACAAACAGGAUGAAAGAGUAGUGAUGGUUAUUGUGGAUCCAAAGCCUGUGCGAAGAGAAGUCGUUGAUUCCCACUUCCGGUGGUUGAAGCUACGAACAGUAGGAGCAGAGGACAUUCUGCAGGUGGAACCGGUCACUAAGACUGUGAUUGAGAAUGGUGCGCACCUGAACCCACCACGUGAUCGUCAAGACAUUAUUGUGUUCAUUGACGGGGAAGCGGUCUCAGCGGCUGAGGCACAAGCGGUAGAUGUGAAAGACUUCUUGUCGAAGGUUGCAAAGAAGAUGGCCUUAGGGUUGGUUUUGAUGGUCAAUGAUCCAGACACGCCUUUGAUUAACUGUCUCGCUGGGGUGGAAACCAGUUGCAAGAAGUUGUUAAUGAAACCUGUUCGUGCAACGGCACUCGGUUCUGCUACCGUGGAUUUGCUUCUUUCUGCCGCUGCUGGCCCUGCUGGUUCUCACGGGUCGGGUCACUCGGAGUCAGGGAGGACCAUGUCAGUUGUUGGCUCCAAGUCAAGUGUACACAAGGACGCAAGUGCAGCAAACUUUGCAGGGAAAAAAGUAUUGGUGGUCGAUGAUAAUUCAGUUUGCCGAAAGGUCAUGCAACAGACAUUGGAGAAGUAUGGGAUAAAUGUCACUUCUGUCAGCUCUGGGCCUGCUGCAGUCAGCCUGAUUGGACACCAUAAUUCAUUCGACUGCAUAUUUAUGGAUGUGCGGAUGCCGCGUAUGGAUGGCUAUGAAACAACAGCACUUAUCCGCAAAGUGGAGGAAGCUGCAAAGACCGGUGACGAGCACGAGAGGACACCAAUAUAUGCAUGGACGGCUGAUGUGUUGCCAGAGACAAGGGCGCAGUGCCUGUCAUUUGGGAUGGAUGGAUUUUUACUCAAACCAAUCGAGGAUAAGAAUUUCAUGGAAGUUCUUCACAAAUUGUUCGCAAAAAAAUAGCUGAAACUGUGAGGAGUUAAGUCAGAAAGGUCGGAAACGUAGUAGUGAAAACAGCUCCGCAUCACAUAUAGGGCCUGGCUCCACUACUCUCUCUCGACAUGUGCAAAACGAGAGUGAAUCUUCUGCUAGAACAUGGAAAGAUACACCGCCAUUAUUUUUGUCUUUUGUGCAUGUCAAGAGUAGUGGAGUGAAGCCCAUAAUAGUCUCUGAGGAUCUUACUGACAACAUUUUUGAUAACCCACUCACUGGUAGCCACAGGAAGGAAGUUCUCAUGUCAGUUAGUCAUUCACAAAUCUACAUUCGCCACUCUAUAUGACUUCUCAUGUAACCAUUGUAACG